GUCAAAUUAUACUAGGCUAUCGGGGUUAAUGUUGUUGUACAAUAUUAAAGGGAAACAUGGGUGGUCUGAUCAAGGAUUCACGGCUUUAUUAGAAGCUCUUUCAAACAUAUUACCGGCUGACAACAAUAUUCCUAAGACAAUGUAUGAAGCUAAGAAAAUAAUGAAGGUCUUAGGAUUGGAUUAUCAAAAAAUACAUGCUUGCCGUAAUGACUGCAUCCUUUUUCAUAAGCAACAUAGUGACCUUGAAAGCUGUCCCACAUGUGGCGAAUCUAGGUGGAAAGAAAAAAAAAUGGAGCCAUAACAGCUACCAAUAGAAUUCCGGAAAAAGUGUUGUGGUAUUUUCUUCCAAUUCCUCGGUUCAAGCGUAUGUUCCAAUCACCCCAAACCGCUGAGCACUUGACAUGGCACACAAACCAUCGCAUUAAAGAUGGGAAAUUGCGUCAUCCAGCCGAUGCUCAAGCUUGACAACACAUAGAUAAAACCUGGCCAGAUUUUAGUGAAGAUCCUAGGAAUCUUCGGUUGGCACUUUCAAGUGAUGGAGUAAAUCCGCACAGUUCACUCAGC